AUGGCUGGCUUCGUCUCGCCAUUUGCGAGAGAUGGACCUCGCAGCGCCUUCCAGGGAAGCAGUUCUGCGCGGUCGCUGGUCAUUGGAUCAAGCGCAACUCGUGCGGACUCAAAAGAGCUGCAGACGACGAACGCUCGUCCAGAGGGGCAGGCCAUGUCAGACAGCCGUUCAAACCCGCGCAAGGACGGAGAGACUGCUGAUCAGAAGCAGAGCGAGACCCAGCCAGACGCUGAUCCGCACUUUGCCGCGUUGGCGAGAGCUUCGGCCGUCGUGGACGCUCGUAUAGCGCGAGAAUCCAAGCCGCUCGACCUAGCAGAUCUGCUCUCGACCUCUUCCGUCUCUGGCACCCACUCUGUCUCGCCCGUGGGCCAGUAUGGCAACGGUAUAGCUUCCCAGCAGCUCACAGUUCACGGCGACAGCUCUACAGGCGAGUACAAGAUUCCUCCAAACUUGGCGUGGCAGCCGUUCGUCAGGAAGCGCUUGCUCAUCUUGCCAGAUCAGUCCUUUACGCAAUAUGACCUGAACCGGGCAAGGUGCGCGAUGGGCAUUUUUCCAGAGAUCAGCCGAGCCUGGAUCACCGUCGACCAUCGGCUCUUCCUCUGGGAGUACGAAUCUAGCUCCUCCAAUGGUGCUCCGCCUCGCGACCUUUCGGGUGCGCAAGCGGAUGGUAGCGCGUCGGCGAGCUCGGGUCAGGUCAACGGAGGCGUUUACUUGGGCGGUGGCUUCUCGUCGUACGAAGGUCUCAACGAAGUCAUCGUAGCGCUCGCGCUUGUCGAGCCUAAACGCGAUAUACUCGUCAAAGCGAUCGACAAAGUCCUCGUGCUUGCAACGCCAGUGUCGAUCCAUUUGCUCGGCCUGGGCUGGCUGCCACCUACGACACCUGCCGGCCAGCCAGCCUCGAAUGGGCCCAUGGAGCUCACCCUCUAUGAGACCCAACUGCAAACGAGCACAAAUCGAGCUGUCAUCAGUUCGAUUGUCGGUCAUGAGAACGGACGCAUUUUUGCUGCUGCCGAAGAUGGCGACUUGUACGAGGUACUCUAUGCUUCGGCAGAGGGCUUCUUCCGCAAACGCUGCCAGCUGAUCAAGCUGACCGGAUCUGGCUGGCCGACUACGAUCAUGCCCUUGAUCCUGCAGACAGGCGCCGCUCAAGAUCCAGUCGUAUCACUCGUCAUCGAUUCCAGCCGUCAAAGCCUGUAUGCCCUCACGAAGCAGAAUAAUAUCGAACUGUACAGCCUUGGGAAAGAUGGAUCUCUUGCGGCGCCAGUCAGACAAGUUCGUCAUUCUGAUGUCUGCGCACGCGCCUUACAAGCUUGCAAUGGCUCCAAUCUGCUCGAUCGCCGCACCUUCGCCAUCGCAAAGUUGAUGCCGAUUCCUACCUCCCAAAGCAAGACAAUAGGUCUGGUAGCAAUCACAACGAAAGCCGUCAGGAUCUACUUCGCCGUCCGGCGGACCUACUACUCUGCAUCGUCUGGCAGUGGCUGUCUUGACAUUGUUCACGUCCGUCUGCCGCCGUCGCCAUCGCCAUCGCCAGCGCCAGGUGGUGCUGCGCCUCGCGGCAUGUCAGGUCAGAUACCCUCGAAUCCCAUUAUACCUUACUCCAACAUCCUUGCUGCGACGUAUGCCUCGGAUGGUCUACUCAUCGCCGCACACAAUAUCUCGCCCGAGGCCGACGUCCUCUUCACCGCUGCGCCAGACGUUGGUCGCCUGGCGCAGGCAGUCCUGACCAAUCCCCGAAUACCUUUAGCGGAAUGGGCUGGACAGAUCGCAAUUGACGGUCAGACCUGGGCAAUCGAGGAGAAGUCGCGCAGCGCGUCGGACAUCAUCACACAAGGACAGUUCGCCAUCGAAGAGAUCGCCUCUCAGGCCACAGCUCCUGCGCGCGAGUUCCUUGUGCUCACUAACAUGGGUAUGUAUGUCCUCUCGCGGCAUCGGCCCAUCGAUGUGUUGCUCGCUUUGCUUCAGACAUCCAGUUCUCGCGACAUCGAGCUGAGCACUUUCCUUUCGAGCUUCGGAAGAGAUCAAAGCUGCGCGAUGUGCCUGCACAUCGCUGCCGGUGGCAGUGUGACACAGUCCGCGUCCCCUACAAGUGCAUUCGAGAGCGGUAAAAUAGCAAGCCUGGAGACCCGCCAACUAGCAAAGCAACUGUUUUACGAGACUGGUGGCCGGCCUACUCUCGUCAAUCGUAGCUACGGGGCCGUUAGUGACGCUUCAAUGACUUCACCAGACGGUCGAGUAAUCUACAGCGGCCGUCAUGAAGGGCUGGCUCUCGCGACUGCACGCUUAUUGCGUCCUAUCUGGAAACUCAAGAUUGCCAAGCUUUCGCCAGAGAUUGGCAAUCCAAAUCGAAUAAUCGCAAGUCUGGCCGAGGCCACACUCACCACCAUUCAGCGAGAAAUCUUAGCGCUUUCUGUGUUUGUAUCGUCCGAGUUUCAGGUCUUUCUGCUCACGCCGGAUGCUGGAAAUGGCAGACCGGAGCAAGAAAGCGUUGCGGUGGAGCAGGACUCCUUAGCUGCACUUCGGGUCCUCCUUACGCAGACAGUGGAAGCCAUUUCCUUUGUACUGCUUCUGAUCGACUAUCGCCUGCCAGAUGUUCUUGCUACUUGCGCGCCCGAGCUUCGCCAGGCAGUCCUCGAUCUCACUUAUCAGGAUCUGUUGACGUUACCGAAAGGACGUGAGACAACUCGCGGGCUUGUAAGUGCUAUCAUCAACCAUCAGAUCGGGCAGAACAUCAACAUCGACGUCAUCAGCGACGUGUUGCAACAAAGAUGUGGAUCAUUUUGCAGCUCAGACGACGUGUUGCUAUACAAAGCUGCUGAGAAUCUCAAAAAGGCUUCGACCUCCGCCGGCGCAGCGGAGAAGCUCGAGCAUCUACGGGAAUCCCAUCACCUCUAUUUUAAGGCAGUAAGACAUCUCAGCAUCGAUCAGCUCAGAGAUCUAGCAAGACAAUAUGCCGAUCUCGAUUCUUCACCCGCCGCUGUCAGUCUGGCGCUACACUGCGCAGUUGCGCGGGAUCCAUCCGGACGCGGCUUGGCGUGGUGGCAGGAUGGGCGGCCUGCUAACGAUCCACGUGAGCCCAAUUUUGCAUCUCGUCAAGCUUGUUACGAAGUCGUGAUCUCGAUCUUGGAGGCGGCAGACGCGAGGCUAGACGAGACAUUCAGCAAGGCGAACAAGGCGCCAGAGCUUGCAUCGGAUCACUCAGAAGCCGAUGCUAAUCGGCAGAAUACGAUUGCGCAAGCCCUGCGCUCAGAUGAUCCCGCCUUCCACUGGACCCUAUACGACUGGUACAUGGCAAAGAAGACUUCGGACGCAUUGCUGGAUAUUCGAACAGACUUUCUGCCGGCAUAUCUGAGGCAAGAGCCCAUCUCUGUCGAGCGAUACGCCCUUCUCUGGCAGCUGCACUCGCGAAGCGGAGAGUAUCAAGAAGCUGCUCGCAUUCUACUGGCGCUAGGCGACUCGGAAGCCCUAAAUUUGACUCUCGAGAAGCGAAUCGAAUACUUCUCAAUGGCGGUCAGCAACGCAAAAUCGCAAUUUCCUGAUCCGACAACGCAACAAGAGACGCUUCAGAUGCUCACGGAUGCAGAAGAGAAGCUAGAAGUCGCUCAGGUACAGGUAGAGACCUGGCGAGCCGUCCUCGACCAUACGGCCAUCUCGGACGAGGACAAAGAAUCCGCGAUCAAUCGACUCGACCAGAGGUUGUUCACGAUCACAGAGCUUUACGAUCUCUUUGCAGAGCCCUAUCAUCUGCUUGAGGUCAUCUUGCUCAUCUUCCACGUUUCGGAUCACUACGAUGCCUUCCGCACGCGUGAGACCUGGUCCGCGAUUCUCGAUCGGGCAUUGCUGCAGCCGAACAACAGUCAAGUCGACUACCUGACCCGCAAGAUCACAGAGCUUGCACGUCGAUUCUAUCCGUCAGAUUUUGCAAUGCCUAUCGAUUUAGUCGUCAGCCUCGUCGCAGAGCUCGGGCAGCGCCAUCCCAGUACAGCCCGGCCCGGCUGGCUUGUCACUGCUCUGCGGGAAGCGAAUAUACCGAGCGAGGUCAUCUACCGUGCGUAUGACGGCUUGAUCCGCUCAAGACUGCCGCCAUGGCACCUCAACAAUGCGGUCGCACAUCUGACCAUCGAUGUCGCGCCUCUCUUUGGGCAAUGGCUGCAAGACGUUUUGUCGCAAGCAGGACGAGAGUAUGACUUUCCCGCGGCAGAGGUGGAAGCAUCGCUGGCGCAUUAUCUUUUGACGCUGGAUUCGUCCAAUGUGCCUGCCGCUACCGAGACGCGUUCGAAGCUCAAAGACGUUCAGAUGCUCGUCCAGAGGAGGUUCUAG